AUGACGCCGGGUUUAUCGCAACACGAGGCGUUCGACUGUCAGUUGCUGUUUCGCAGUGAACACGAACAGUUGCUGCGCAAAGCGGAGAGCUGUCGACGAGGCCAAGUGUUGUUCGGGCUGCCGACUGUGAAUCUGGAGGAGCUGAAGCGCAUAGGACGUCAACUGGAGCUGUUGCAACGGCUCUACGGUCUCUACAGCGAAGUCAACCGGACGGUGGCCAGUUACUCGGACACGGCCUGGCGCGAUGCCGACCUCGAGAUGGUCGAGAUGCAACUGAUCGACUUUGAAGCCAAGUGA